AUCAAAAUCAAAGAGAGAGAGAGAGAAAACAAUGGCCGCAACAGCAGAAUUGAUCCCAGCAGGAGAAGUGAUCGCUUGCCACACCGUCGAGGACUGGAACAACAAGCUCAAGGCAGCCAAAGAAUCCAACAAACUGAUUGUGAUAGACUUCACAGCAGUGUGGUGCCCACCUUGCCGUUUCAUUGCACCCAUCUUUGUCGAGCUCGCUAAGAAGCACCUUGAUGUUGUCUUCUUCAAGGUCGACGUCGAUGAAUUGGCCACUGUUGCUAAGGAGUUCGAUGUUCAGGCCAUGCCGACCUUUGUCUACAUGAAAGGCGAAGAGAAGCUCGACAAGGUUGUUGGUGCUGCGAAGGAGGAAAUCGAAGCCAAGCUUUUGAAGCACUCUCAAGUUGCUGCCGCUUGAUUAUCCUUCUUCUUUCUUCUAUUUGCUAAUGUGUUUGGUGUUUUAAUAAAAUCCUUGUUGCUUUAUUGGCACUUUCACUUGAGUCAUCAUCUUCCUUUGUGUUGUGGUGCCUACAAGCCUUGGGUGUGUGAA